GAAAAGAGACAGACAGGCAGGAACAAACAGAUAGACUUCCGAAACCGCGCAUUACCGACAUGGUCAGAGAGAAAAACACAGGCUUCUGUCAGCCAUGAGGCAAGAGGAUGUGAAAUUGAUCAGGCUAACACAUGCAUACACACGAGGGCAACAUCUAUCUUUCGAACUGUCGAACUGAUAAGGAUGUUAGUUUUUAAGAAAUUCCCUACACAACAGGUCUGAGUGAACAACCAUGACCUGCUUUUCUGUCCUAAAACUAUAUGGACUAUAUGGUGGCACUAUAUGGUGUUGGUUGAGGAGAAACUCUUCCUAAUGGGAUGUCCUUUAGAUUCUGCAGUUCUCUUCCCAAUCCCUUGUGUCUCUCUGUGUUGUCUGUGUGCCUUUUUGGGCGUGGCUUCCCACUCUGGCCCUGGCUCUCCACCUGCACACCUGAUCUGCAUUCCACUAAUCAAGACUCAGUAGUAUAUCAGCCCAGUUCUUCACCUCACUCUUAGUCUGACUGACAGCUGAAUUUGCAGUCUUCUGUACCAACUUGAGGAGCAACUAUAACCAUGACUAGUUGUAUUUUGGCAAAAGUUUGUAUUGAAAUGGAUUAAGCCGCAUGAGUGGUUUACCUUAAUGUUCUAAGGGAAAACUCAUUGGUCAUCAUUGGAAACAAUUUUAACUGACUUGAAUUCAAGCAUAGUACAGCUGCUGUUGUCUUUCAAAUCUACAAGGGUUGACUAGUAUUUAAUAGCCUACUAAACAAUGGAUUUUUGGUGGAGCAGCUUAUCAUUUAAAGCUGCUCUUAUAAAUAUUUUUUUAUUGGCAAUGGGCCUGAUGAUAAUUUGUAAUCUGAAAGUGGUCACUUGUAGUAAUGAACCCACAGGGAAUAAUCACUCUACUACUGAACUCUACAGAGUUUUAUACCAUCUUUCACCUCAUUGUUUUCAUUUUACAGCCCACAACGUCACUAUUUUGGUUCACUCUCACGGCUCUCAUCAACAUCAUUUCCUAUCAUAGCAGGAAUCUGUUUUGAAGAAACCUUUCUGAUAAACUCUUCCCACUGUACGCUGCCUGCCCAGCACCCACCAGCAGGCAGAAACAGUAGCAACUAGCUGGUGAACACAGUGAAGCAUUUAGCAAAAACCCAGAUAUUUAUUCUCAGGAGUUGGUGGAGACCAAAAACAGAGCUAAAAAGAGAGUGAAUAUUGGACCAAAAUGUUUUGUCUCUGUAGACACACCUCCAAAUGAAUGAUAAUGUUGGUGACAUUGUGCAGCUCUUUGCAUCUACACAGACUUGACACUGCAGCAAUUAUUACGUACUUAUACUGACACGUUUUGGACUGGCAGGGGACUACAAUCAACUUUUACCCACUGCAAUAACUGGCUUUUCCAUUGCAAGCUUACACUGAUCAGUGGUGCCCUGUUUAUCAUCAUCAUUAACAACCAGUCACCCCUCCUUAAAUCUAAUGAGCUGAGUUAGUUACAGUAUUUGGCAGUAUGACGACCAAAUUUCUCUCUCCUCCUGAUCUUGCCUUCUGUCCCUCUAGUCUCUGAAGACAAGGGCCUUUUUGUGCAAAUGGAAAAUCAUAGGACUCACAUGCUAUGGAGGAGAGAAAGUGAGGGAUCACAGCAAAGGAUAGGGCUGUUCACAGGAAAAGAACAACGCAGAGGAGCGGACUGAAGUCAUCGUGAGCUGGACUACAGCACCAGACGAUAGAUUGGACCAGACCGGACAGGAUACCUAAACAUGGAGAAUGGUAAACCAGAUACACAAGACAAGACGGAGGAAGUGUCAGAAGAAAAAGAAGAAAAUGUGGAGGAGGCAAACCUAGAAAUUGCUCAGCUGCAGGGCCUGGUGGCCGAGCUGCGCGAGGGGCUCCAUACUGCCCUGACGGAGUUGUGCGAGCUGCGUCAGCGGGAUCACGGUCUGGAGGAGAAGCUCCAGGCCCAUCAGACUGAUGUGGAUGAUAAGAUAAUGAGUCUCAAGAACUCACUCAACACUUUCAAGGAGGAGCUGAAUGUGGUGUUUUUCCACAUAAAGGAUGUAUCCAGCAGACAGAGAGAGGUGCAGAAGAGGAUAGAACUGUUGCAGACAGAAAACACCAAAGAUAUCCUCUCUGUUUCACAAAGAGAGAGCUCCAAGGCAGAUGUGCUAACGGCAUCAGGGGAUGAACACAUCUGUGUGCCCAGUCAGUCAGACCUUGGUGUUAUUCAACACUUCUUUUCUAGUCUGCCACAUAGCGGGUCACCACAGAGGAGCACCACAUCCACACAGACCUCCACCUCUGAUCAUGAGGUUCAGCAGCAGCAGAGAGGUUGUCCAUCCAAAUUUCCAGCAUGGGGAGAGAGGAAGAACAGCAGAGAUGACACAGAGACACCCAACAGCACGACUGAAAACAAUAAGAGACAGAGAGUUGCUCUGGAGCUGCUGGAGUCAGAGCGAGUUUAUGUGUCCCACUUAUCUCUGUUACUGAAAGCUAACAUCUCUUUCAAUGGAUCAGAAGCGCUCACUCCCAAAGACAAACGUCCAUUUCCCAGCUCUCUCAGGUUUCUGAUCCAGCAGCACCUUGAGCUCCUCCAUACUCUCCAGGAACGUGUGCUCAAGAGCCAGUGGCAAGGCAUCAUGGGGGAUGUGUUUAUGAGGCUCACCAGCAAAGAGAGUGAUUUCUUGGACUUUUAUGUGUCCUACCUGAAGGAGCUUCCGGACUGUCUGUCAGUCGUCACCAUGCUUUCCUCCAGCUCUGUGAAAUCUUCUGCCUUCCAGGAGAGUGACAUAACGGGUGACGAAUCCAAACCCUCCCUCUACACUCUGCUCCUUCAGCCGGUUCAGAGGAUCCCUGAAUAUCUGCUGCUGCUACAGGGGCUGUUGAGGCAGACAGAUGCAGAGCACCCGGACUACUUCCUGCUGCUGGUGUGCAUCCAGCAGUUCAGGUCCUUCACAGCUCAGUACCACAGCCUCCUCCAGCACAACCAGGAGCUUUUGCUGCACAACCGCAAGGAGGUGAAGAGGUCAGGAUUACCAUUCAGCAUUACACACAUGCUUAAGAGGUCUAACAUGAAACAGCUGUUAAAGACAGUGGAAAGUGGGAUUCAAGCUAACAAUAUUGGCUCACCGUACCCUUGCAGCAGUACCAUGCUAGAACAUGCUAACCAGGUGAGGCGGAACAAGCAGCGUCUCCUGGAGCAGAUCCAGUCUCAUCGUUUCCAGGACUGGGAUCGGGACCAGGAUCCCGAAACUCAUUGUUACGACACAGAGUGGCCCUCCCAGCUCCAGUUCUUCAGCCCGGACCUGGACUCACGGAACCACAAACCAACAGGGAUUCGGCAGAAACAGACGUGCAACCCAUGUCACUUAAAUGCUUUUGGGACAAUAGCCCCACCAGUCAACCAGUCAACCAACCUUUGGCUUUCAGGUCUUGGCAGUAUCCCAGAGAGUGAGGCAUCUGAGAGGACCAUGUCGUGCCAGCGUCAUCUUCCCUCCAGACCCGCAGACUUCCGUCAUGUUCAACCGGGCUCUGCUCUGGCCGAUGCUCUUGGAGAGUUUCUUCUCCCUCCGGAUCCCCCAGGGAUGGAGAGCCUAUAUGAAGAGGACGGAGGCUCCUUUCAUGAUGUCCCCAUGUUCGACCGCUGCUCCUCUGCCUCUUCAGAUUCAUCUAUCGACAUUGCCUUCGUGAAGUGCCCCAAAGCCCCCUCAGCUUCACAUCACACAAUGGCAGCGAAUGUGUCGACAACUCGCGACAUCUUUGGCAACAGUGGAAGCCAGGGGAAUGGUUACAGCAGACUGCCCAACCGAGGGUGCGUGUCUCCGGAUGAAGCUGUAAUGAUGCGUCACAAUCAGCAUCGCCCCCUUCAGGCCAGCCAGCGUAAAAGCAAGUCACUGAACGGCCUGCAGAUGGACAACACAGUGAGUGGCCUGGAUGGUGGUCCUCUAUCAGACCCCCUCACUAGGGCAGGACUAGGCAGUCAUGCCAAGCUGGAGCGCCAGGGCAGUAAGGGCAGCAAAGGGUGUCCCACGCCAUCCCGGAAGGUCCACAGCCCCCUGGGGAACAGAGUGGAUACUGACAAACAGAGUGACGAUCAUCAUGGUCUGCUCAGCAUUGACUCCGGGUUCCCAUCGUGGGGUGACGAGUCAAAGUGGAGGGGCGGGGCAGAGGAGAAUAACCACACACCCUUCAGUGAGAGGAGUCGGAAGCAGGAAAAGGGAGGAUUCAGGAGCUCAUUCAAGAAACUCUUCAGGAAGAAGGGCGGUGAUGAGAAGAAAGAGAAGGGAGGUGAGAAAACACCAGAAAACCAAAACAAUGGUGAACAUGAAUCACCGGGGAAAACUCCCAAACUGGUACAUCUGGAGAUAAACCGUGGCACAGCUGUAUGAAUACUACUUUAUCACACACACAAACACUGUCACAGACUGAUCAAGAUAUAAAGUGUACUACACGCAUGUUUAAACGUUCACACAAACUGAAGAAGUGCAACAUGUGGUUGCUUUGUUUUUUUUACAUUUACAACUUCUAUAUAAAUGCUGUACAGGUAUAAGCCAUUUAGCAAAGCAACAUGUCCUCUGAUCAUUUCCAAGUGUAAAUGUGAUUUGUAUUUGAAAGAUGUUUAGAUGAAAAAUGUUUGCUCAUGUUCACCGUUAUUUUGGCAAUCCUUUAACUUCAUUAUUAUAAAGAUAAGCUCUACAUGUUAUUAGAAAUAAGCCUUAGAGUAGCCUGGUUGAGGGGGUGGAGGAGGUGAAAUGCUGCCUUUUAUUUGUUUAGAGCAUGUGGCCAGGAAGGAAUUACAAACUGUACCUUUAAGUAGCAAAUUCAACUUUUUUGUCAAUGAAAAUGUGGUUACAAACCUGACCACUAGAUGACAUAGUUUGACAUUAUCGAUUCCCCAUACUGUAAAUAAUUCUUCUUGUUCUUCAGUUUAUAAAAAAAUAAAUAAAAAAAUAAGAUAACUAACUCACAUCUUUUCCCUUUUGUCUUUUUAGAAAGGUGUUUCUUUACAUCCCAAUUUUCUAAUCUGUGCAAACAUAACAUACAGCCUCUUUUUAAUUGGCAGGCAUUCCUCUCUUUGUCUUUCAUUAUUGGAAUUUAUGAUUUUUCACCAACCCAGCAGGCUCUGACACUCUUUAAAUGGGUUUCACUCUGGUCCAGCUUUCUGUCAGCUUAAUGUCUUAAGCGUAUAACCAGAAAUUAUUACAUUGUGCAUUUACUCAGGAGAGCAAACAUUAAACUGUUAUUUGUGUAGGUUUAUAUGUUUAAGCAUUUUGUUUAAAUCUGUGACAAUUAUUUCUAUGCAUUGAACAGAACUGUUUUGUUAAGAGAUGAAUGUGACAAUGUGUCAAUCAAGAGACAUUAAGAACGUUCAAUAAAGCCAAUUGUGAACAUAAA